GGACGGGGUCACGUGAAAGUAUCUGGGAGAGGCGGGCGUGGUUAGUAGGAAAGCACCUCACCCUUUACAAAAAUGCUCCGGAAGUGCCUUCGCCCUCAGUAAAUAUGGCCGGAGUAGUCGGCACUAGGGAGGCGGGGCUGCGCCUGCGCAACAAGUUCGGCGGGGAAGAUGGCGGAUGACAAGUCACUCACAUUCAGUUUGGAAUGGCCUUGGGAAGAAAGAGGAUUCUCUGCCUAAGCUGAAGGACCUGGCAUUUCUCAAGAACCAGCUGGAACGCCUGCAGCGACGCGUGGAAGACGAAGUCAACACUGGAGUGGGCCAGGAUGGCUCGCUAUUGUCCUCCCCAUUCCUCAAGGGAUUCCUGGCUGGCUAUGUGGUGGCCAAACUGAGGGCAUCAGCAGUAUUGGGUUUUGCUGUGGGCACCUGCACUGGCAUCUACGCAGCUCAGGCAUAUGCUGUGCCCAAUGUGGAGAAGACAUUAAGGGACUAUUUGCAGUCGCUACGCAAGGGGCCUGACUAGCUCUGGGUGCCAUGGAAGAGACAGAAUGAGCAGCUUGACCUGCAAGUGGAGACACUUUAUCUGGAUUCCCCAGCUGUCAUCCAUUUGCUGUCUCCAACUUUCCUGCCACCUUUAUCUUUGCCUCCCUUCCUGCAGAGUGUGGACAGUAGUUCCGCAGCCUGCACCCUGGAUUCCUUCUUCCCCUUCUUGACUCCAUAGGACUGGCCCCAAGACUGUGGCUUCAAGGGCCACCAGCCCCUUGCUUUUCAAGCCCUGCCUGCAGAAUUGGUAGAUGACUCUGAUCGUUAUUCUCUCUGGCGAUGUUCCAUAGCUCCUCCUUCCAGGGAGCUGGCUUCAUAACUUGAUUUUCCCCAAAUGUGUUGUAAUCCCCGCUGCCCCUUGGCCACCCAGGGUCUGAUGUGGGUAUGAGUGUAGAGGAUGGGGGUAUGCAGGGCCUGGGCCGUCCUAGGCAGGCCCGCUGGACCUUGAUGCUACUCCUAUCCACUGCUAUGUAUGGUGCCCAUGCCCCAUUGCUGGCGCUGUGCCAUGUGAAUGGCCGUGUGCCCUUCCGGCCCUCCUCAGCCGUGCUGCUGACUGAACUGACCAAACUACUGUUAUGCGCCUUCUCCUUUCUGGUGGGCUGGCAAGCAUGGCCUGAGGGGGCCCCACCCUGGCGCCAGGCUGCUCCCUUCGCACUAUCAGCCCUGCUCUAUGGCGCUAACAACAACCUGGUGAUCUAUCUUCAGCGUUACAUGGACCCCAGCACCUACCAGGUGCUGAGCAAUCUCAAGAUUGGAAGCACAGCCCUGCUCUACUGCUUCUGCCUCCGGCAUCGCCUCUCUGUGCGUCAGGGGUUAGCGUUGCUGCUGCUGAUGACUGCGGGAGCCUGCUAUGCAGCAGGGGGCCUUCAAGUUCCUGGGAACACCUUUCCCAGUCCCCCUCCAGCAGCUGCUGCCAGCCCCAUGCCCCUGCAUAUCACUCCACUGGGCCUGCUGCUUCUCAUCCUGUACUGCCUCAUCUCAGGCUUGUCUUCAGUGUACACAGAGCUGCUCAUGAAGCGACAGCGGCUGCCCCUGGCACUUCAGAACCUCUUCCUCUACACUUUUGGUGUGCUCCUGAAUCUAGGUCUGCAUGCUGGCAGCAGCCCCGGCCCAGGCCUCCUGGAAGGUUUCUCAGGAUGGGCAGCACUCGUAGUGCUGAGCCAGGCGUUAAAUGGACUGCUCAUGUCCGCUGUCAUGAAGCACGGCAGCAGCAUCACGCGCCUCUUUGUAGUGUCCUGCUCACUGGUGGUCAACGCCGUGCUCUCAGCAGUCCUGCUGCGGCUGCAGCUCACAGCCACCUUCUUCCUGGCCACAUUGCUCAUUGGCCUGGCCAUGCACCUGUACUAUGGCAGCCGCUAGUCCCUGACUACUUCCACCCUGACUCUGGACCCUGUAUAUUGGGUGCCACCACCAGACCCCCCUCCCAGGUGACCUUCUCCCUCCCCUCAGCAGCCCUGUAACAAGUGCCUUUUGGGAAAAGCUGGAGAAGUGAGAGCAGCCAGGUUAUUCUCUGGAGAUAGGUUAAUGUAAAGAUACCCCAGGAGACGCGAAGAGUGGGUUUGGUUAAGGAAAUGCUUACCAUUCCCCAUCCCCAACCAAGUUCUUCCAGACUAAAGAAUAAAGAUAACAUCAAUACCUAGGCCUGAGAAAUGACCCCAUCCCUGUUGGGCAGCUCACUGCCUCGUCCUGCAUGAACACGGUUGAUGAAGACGGGGUAUGGGCAACAUGUGGCUUUCCUUGCCUACUUUGGUCACCCCAGUAGAGCCACUGGAGCUGGCUACUCCAGCCUAGCCUUGGUGCAUGACUCUUCCAUAAAGGAUACUCAACCUCCCACUUUCAUGCAGGAAGGCCCAGUUGCCACAGAUUAUACAAGCAUUACCCCAGCCAUUCUGACAAUCUUCCCCCAGUUACAGCAAUGCCUAGAGACAUGCCUCCUGCCCUCUCCACAGUGCUGCUCCCCACACCUAGCCUUUGUUCUGGAAACUCCAGAGAGGGCUGGGCUUGAUUCAUCUCAGGGAAUGUAGCCCCUGGGCCCUUGCUUAAGCCUACACUCCUGACCUCUCUGCUCACCCUGAGGGCCGCCUUGAAUCCCGCUACCCACUCUGAGGCUCCUGGGAGGCAUCAUGCUUCCCACUCGGGGGCUUGCCCCUGCCUAGCAGUCUCCCAGCUCCCAACAGCCUGGGGAAGCUCUGCACAGAGUGACCUGGGACAGGGUACAGGAAACCUGUAGCUCAAUCAGUGUGUCUUUAACUGCACAAGCAAUAAGGUCUUAAUAAAGUGUUCUAGGCUGUAGGGUGCUUCCUACAACCACAGCCA